UUUCCAAGACGGACGUGAAACCAUUUACUUAAACGAAGUUAAUACUUUGAAUUUGCAAUAUAAUUUUAAAUAAUACAGCUGUUAGUUACAAUUUUCCAUAUUUUUAAAUUAAAUAAUAAUUACAAAUGUAUCUUUUUCCACAAUUUUCAAUCUUUAUUUUCUUCCUUCAACUUUUUUCCAACCAAAACCCUAAUUUCACAACUCCUCAAGAAAUUGUGAAAAGCAAGAAACAUUUCACCUUUUUUUUUUUUUUUAUUUCUUAAAAUUAGUUUUCUUCUUUGUAGCUCUGUGCUUUGUUCGGCUGUAGCAGAGAGUUAGCCACAGUUAAGAGUGUCAGUAUGAUCUUUAGAUUCACUGAAUUUGUUUAGUUGGUGUCAGUUUUGUGGGGUACUUUGUUCUGUUGUAUUUUGUAAAGAUUAUAUUCUUAUUGUGGUCAAAGAAAAUAAUCUUGCUGUUUUUAAGUUUCAAUUCUUGCAAAAAUUUGAUCUUUUCUAGUGGGGAUUUAAGUACCUAAGAGUUUUCAAGUUUUAUGGGUAGUUUGCUCUAUUUUAUUUGGUAAAGAUUGCAUUUUUUUACUGUGAUUUCUUGCUCAAAGGACAUUUUCAUGGUUUAAGUACUUAAAAGGUUUAGGGGUUUUGGCUUUUUUACUUAUUUGAAUAGAGGUGAAAGGAAUUAAUAGCUCAGGGAGUACUUUUGUUCUAUUAUAUUUAGUAGAAGAUUGUAUUUUUAAUGUGAUUUCUUGCUGAAAGCAAUUUUUUUUUGAUUUUCUGAAGUUUCAGCACUUGAAAGGUUUGAUCUUGUCAAGUUUGGAUUUAAGUUGUUAAUAGUUUUCAGGGUUUAAGGGUUUUGGGUGUUAAUUAUCUGUCUAUGAAUGGAGGAGAAAGAAGGGCUUAAUAGUUCUGGUGUUACAGUUAAAGGUAAUGAAGUUUCUGAAAACUACAAAAUGGCCCCUGGAUUUACUGAAACUACCAAUGGGUUUACUGCAGCAACGGCUGCGGUAAUACCUGCGAAUCCAAUGAGUGUGGCAGCACCGUCUAUGGACGUGAAGAAGAAAAGGGGAAGGCCUAAGAAAUAUAGGCCAGAUGGUUCUUUAAAUACUGCAUUAUCACCAAUGCCAAUAUCGGCGUCAAUCCCACUUUCAGGAGAUUUUGCAGGGUGGAAAAACAGUGGAAGCCGUCCCGUUGAAUCCUUUAAGAAGAAGCAGAAGUUUGAGCUUGCAAGUCCAGGGGAAAGGGUGGCGUACUCUGCUGGUGCAAAUAUGUCACCGCAUGUGGCAUACUCUGUUGGUGCAAACUUUACACCGCAUGUAAUUACUGUUAAUGCUGGCGAGGAUGUCGCGAUGAAAAUUAUUUCAUUUGCUCAACAAGGGUCUAGAGCUAUUUGUGUGCUGGCUGCCAAUGGUGCAAUUUCAAAUGUUACACUUGGUCAGCCUAAUUCUUCUGGUGGAACUUUGACCUAUGAGGGCCGUUUUGAAAUUCUUUCUCUGACAGGAUCGUAUAUGUCUAGUGAUAACGGAGUAACAAAGAGCAGAUCUGGUGGGAUGAGUGUCUCUCUCUCAGGCCCUGAUGGUCGAGUUUUUGGAGGUGGACUUGCAGGCAUGUUGAUGGCAGCCGGUCCUAUUCAGGUUGUCGUAGGAAGCUUUAUUCCUGGUCACCAGCAAGAGCAGAAUCCUGAGAAGCCGAGGUUCAAGCAUGCAGCUACUUUCGCUGCUACUCCUGCAACUCAAAUUUAUGAAGAACGAACUGAUGGAGCUUACACUGGGCCAAGUACCAAUUUUCCUUCUCCGACUCCCUUUCCUGGGGAUAACACGGUAACACAGAACUCCAUACAUAGCGCAAGAAUCUCCGCUGUAGAAAAUAAUAUUUCUAUGCCUGGAGAGGAAUCUAAUGGGCAAAGUCCGUCAUCUUGAUUUAAUCUGAUGUUAUAUUAUCGAUGUAUUCCUGUAACUUAAAUAGGCUUAUUUUUUAGCCUACUUGGAACUUUAGGCUUACCAUCCCUCUGUGUGACAAAUGUUUAAAUGAGACUUUACUUUGGUAGGAUGUACUAGGGCAUAAUUUGUGUCAAAUUAACCUAGAAGUUCACACUUUUUAUAGGUUUUUGGCAUUGAACUUUCGCCAAGUAGGAGCUGUUAUUAUUACUGUUUUCUGUCUGCUGUGAUUCCAUGUAGAAGCUUUUGUACGAAAUUGGAGAAUAUCAGUCUAACAUUUGGUAA